CCUCAUCGCCAUGGCCCGUUCUACACCUAUUAUCACCUACGGACCUUGCUACCACAAAAUUCACCAUCUUCCCUACCUUUUCCAUCCCUCGACCUCCUCCGGCAUCUGGCCGGCCGCCGGCAUCCCUCGGCUUCCUUAGGUGCUCUCUUGCAUCGUCGCCUCCCGUAAUAGAUCCAGAUACGAGCAUCCUCAUUUUAGGUAGUUGACACCUAAAGGUUCUAUCAUUCAAUGAACCUCAUCGCCAUGCUCCAGUAUCCCCUCCUCGUGCGAUUCCACCUUCGCCAUCUCCACCCUCAGUUCUAGCACCGAAAUUAUGAAUCCAAGACCAGAAUACCGCUCUCGAAGUGAGUCGACCUACAUAGAUCUUGAUGUGAAUUUGAUGGCGAGAAUAGGUAAUCGAAUUUCCUCUUCAUGAAUAGUUAAGCAUCUACCAUCCCUCGAUCUCCUUUGGUUCUCUCUUGCAUCGCCACCUUCCAUCAUAGAUCCAGGUAUAGCAACAUACCACACUUAGCGUAGCUGACACCCAUAAGUUUCUAUUAUUCGCUCAUAGCACCUGUUGACCGCAUGAUACUAUGUUUCUCACAUCCACAACCUCGCUUCUAGCCACCGAGAACCUAGAUCCCCUAGUUGCCAUAACAUUAGGAGUAGGCUGACCUAUGCAGAUCUGGAUGUGGAUCCGCAUUAGGAGUCGGCUGACCUACGCAGAUCUGGAUGUGGAUCCGGUGAGAACUCAUAUCCGACUCCCCCCUUCGGCAAUAGAUUAAGAUGUGGAUCCGGUGAGAACUCAUAUCCGAUUUUCCCCUUCGGUAACAGAUCUGGAUGUGGAUUCGGUGAGAACUCGUAUUCCGACUUUCCCCUUCGGCACCAGCAAAAUCCCGCCCCAAACAGAACCACCGGAACGUGGCAAGCCUGAUCUUGACGGCCUGGCCUGAACCCAAAUGCGCACUGACCCGCGGAGGUCUCUCGGAAGCGGCGGCUCUAAUCACCACGUCGCCGGAGACGAUCGACUGCGGCCAUGGCCGCGGCGCGGCGGUGGCGGCGAAAAUGUAGGACGCGGAACGCGGUGCUGGCGCUGCUCAUCGCCUCGGUGCUCGCGCCCCUCGCGCUCUACAGCGGCGCACCCAUCUCCCCCUUCUCCGGCCCCGCCCUGACUAGGGGCGCCUUGGGUCGCGAUCCCUCCACUUUGAUUUCCCGGAAUGAGGCGGGGAAGCGCCUGAACGCUCUGCCGCAGGACACAUUUGAUCCUGUGCCGAAGGCUGCAUCGGAUACAAGAGCGAACAAUGUGGGCGAUCAGGGCACUCAACUGGGACAGAAUGGUGGAGUUCAGCAAGUUGUCAUGGGAAGCAAUAUAGAGAUGUCAGGUGAAUCCAGUGGUAGCAAGGACGGCAGAGUGCGCAAUGUAGAAGAGGCGAAGGUGUCGUCACAUGAUACGAGUAAGAGAAAGCGUGCUGAUGGCAUGGUUAUUACUUCGGAGGAGGGUGCUCAGCUCACCAAACAGAGUGGCCUGACCAAUGUUGGUGCAGCAGGGGAUAACGAAGUUCGUGCAAUGCACAAUGCUGGAGAUCUAAAUGCCCAUUUGGACAAGAAUGAUGAAAAAUCAUCUCAGCAAAUUACAGACUCUACGUCAAAAGAGUCUGGUGCAAUGAUAACUAGUAGUAAUACUAGUUAUUCCCCAACUUCUUCAGAUAAGACGAUACUUGUUCUCAAGGACCAGUUGAGAAGAGCGAAAAUAUAUAUUGGAUUUUUACCUUCUAGAGGCAAUCAUGGGUUUGUGAAGGAUCUCCGAAGAAGGAUGAGGGAUAUCCAGCAAGCACUGAGUGGUACAACCAUUGAUAGGCAGUUACCAAAGAAUGUCCAUAAAAAAAUUAGAGCGAUGGAAUCGAUAUUAACAAAGAUCAAACAAGUCCAUGAUAACUGUGCAGCUGCUAUUGAUAAGCUACAAACAAACCUUCACUGGACAGAGAACCAGCUCGAGGCUAACAAGCAAGAGGCUACCUACGCAGCACAGGUAGCAGCUAAAGCUCUGCCAAAGAGGCUUCAUUGUCUUGCACUGCGGCUUACAAAUGAGUACUAUACAUCCAGUUCCAACAAUAAGCAUUUUCCAUAUCAAGACAAGUUGGAAGAUCCGAAACUACAUCACUAUGCAUUAUUCUCUGACAAUGUACUUGCUGCCGCUGUGGUUGUGAACUCAACUCUUAUACAUGCUAAGAAACCAGCAGACCAUGUCUUCCAUAUUGUGACUGAUAAGCUUAAUUAUGCUGCAAUGAGGAUGUGGUUUUUGGCGAAUCCCCCGGUUAAAGCUGCUAUUCAGGUUCAGAAAAUCGAAGAGUUUACAUGGCUAAAUUCGAGCUACAGUCCAGUUUUGAAGCAACUGGCGUCCCAAUUCAUGAUCAAUUACUACUUCCGUACUCCACAGAAUAAACCUGAUAGAAAUCCCAAGUUCCGGAACCCCAAGUACCUGUCUAUUCUCAAUCAUCUGAGGUUUUAUCUUCCUGAGAUCUUCCCAAAACUUAACAAGGUGUUAUUUGUCGAUGAUGACAUUGUAGUCCAGCAGGACUUAAGUCCACUUUGGUCGGUAGAUCUCAAAGGCAGGGUUAAUGCUGCUGUCAAAACCUGUGGUGAAGUUUUCCAUAGGUUUGAUAGGUACCUCAACUUCUCAAACCCUCUUAUAGCCAAGAAGUUUGACCGACAUGCAUGUGGGUGGGCAUAUGGCAUGAACAUGUUUGACUUGUCUGAGUGGAGAAGGCAGAAUAUCACUGCUGUGUAUCACUACUGGCAGGAACAGAAUGAACAUAGACUGUUAUGGAAGUUAGGAACACUCCCUGCUGGCCUGGUGACAUUCUGGAACAACACCUUCCCUCUCGAUCGCUCAUGGCAUCUCUUGGGCUUAGGAUACAAGCGGAAUGUCAACCCAAUGGAUAUCGAGCAGGCUGCAGUCAUACACUACAACGGGAAUCUGAAACCUUGGCUUGAGGUUGGGUUGCCAAAAUACCGCAGUUACUGGUCCAAGUAUGUCAAUUUCGAUCACGCGUUCAUAAGGGAGUGCCACAUACAUCCAUGAGUUGCUGCUGCGGAAUCCUGUGCAUAGGCUGCUGAGAUGGCUUCAGUUUUUUUGUAGCUCCGUAGGUUUUCUCUUCCUUGGUAUCUACAUUAUCUAGAGCGUUGGUUUGGUGACUAAAUCACAGUGCAAGUAAGUCGUAGCAGGCCUUGGAAUAAAAUGUGCAGUAGAGGCUAGAGCCAGCAGUGCUGUAGAGUAUAUAUAUAUAUAUAUGUGUGUGUGUGUGUGUGUGUGUGUGUAUAGGACAAAUGUUUCCUACACGCAGUGGUAGUUACCACCACUUGCGUUUUCUAUGUUGUAUGUAGUAUCUGUCAAAAUCGAGAGUAUGUACGUGUAGUAUGUAGUAUAUAUCAAUGAUUAGGUAGUAUAUAUACUAAUUUUUAGAUAGUAUGUACCAUAUUUUGAGUAUGCUCUUUUUUACGUACAAAUAUGUACGAAUUUCAUAAAUAUAACAAAAACUAUGGACUCA